CUGGGCCUUCCAGUGCGCCAGGGCCCCCCUCCCCUCAAUCAAUCGAUUGCAAUUGACGCAAAGGGCUUGCCAAGACGAGCUCCAACUUGACCAGGUUGCUUGUCAGACAUCGUUCUUUGUUCUCUCAGGACAAGUUCUGUGCAUUUUUCGUUACCAAUUUCCGUACAGCUCAUCGCAGUGGAAACAACCAUUAAGCAAAAUGAGUGGCAGUACUGACGAACCAUCCUGGAAGCCGGCUGUCGAUGCUGUGCGGAAAUACUACAAUUUCUUAGUCGAGGAACUGGGAGCCAUUCCAGCGGACUGUGUGGAAUACCCUCCGGAGGAAGGCUGGUCAAACAUUUCCGAGGAGUCGCUUGCUGGUCUGGAAAAAACCAAGGAAGUCGUUGACGUUCUACGCCAUCUACCGUACAUCAAAUAUAGCAACGGGUUCAAUGUUCAGAUCGCUUUUGCAACCGAAGCUCUUGACUACAGGGGCGCGGAGGUUGCGGUCGGUGACAAAAACAGAUGGAUUCCCCAUGGAAACCUCGAAUUCGCCCCUCAUGUUGUUGUCUUGACCGCAGAUGACGGCCCAGGAUCUUACGGGAGUCAAGUUCUACUAGACACGGAGAAAAACACAUUUAGCGACUAUCAGCCCGGAGGACCUUCGAAAGCUUCCGAGACUAAUGCAGAAACUAACCCCGACGACUUCUGGCACUCUAGAGAGACUCGGCCUGUGGCUGAGUUUUUCAGCCUGUGGGAAGAGCGGUUCCGCACUCUAGAAUGGACCGUUGAUCCAUUCGACGACGAAGAGGGCAUGCUGUUACGAUACGACAAUGCGACGGAUGAGGUCCGCCAAAUUUACCGUGAUCACGGAUGGCCGGAUAAUUUUCGUCGUCGUGAAUGUCGUGAUGCCCUGCAGGAAUGGCACAGGACUAUUAAGGAUCGAAUGGCGGAGCCGGGAAAUAAUCUGCAUGAAAUCAACCGUCAACCGCCAGGCCCGUAUGUGACCACCUAGACCAUGUAUUAUAAUGACUAUAUAUAGUGAUGCAAUAAUAGAAUAUGUCAAGGAGCCUUACCAUGUAGAACCGUACAGGUGGAGAAUAUAGGCAGCAACGGAAAAAUUGACGAAUCAUACUAUCAAUGAUUCUAGAUGUUUCACGCUAAAUUCGUCAAUUAAUCUGAUUGGCUGUGGGUAGAGAGCGGAUCUCUGAC